UUACAAAAGCAUGCGUGAGCGCUGAGAUCGCUCUCACGAAGGCUAGUCAAUAUAUUUUUGGUUCCAAUUCUACAGGAAGACUAAAGGAUGUAAUUGUGGAUAUCUCUUUUGGAAUAAGUUUUCUCCAGCUACCAUUCUCUGCCUUGUUUUGGUGGUUGUUUCCGGGCAGUAGAUUAGAAUUUUCUAGAUGUAAUCACUGCCUUUCAAAAUGGCGUCAGAGAUGAGAGGUUUCACGCCGGUCCCCAGUGCAAAAAGAACUGAACUUGACAUGUAACGGCAAACAUUUGGCGGCUUUAUAAAUACAGAGAAAGUAGACAGCUUUGGAACAUUAACUUCCACCCAAACUCUCAGGGACAGAAAGAACUGGCCAAGUAAAAAAAAAAAAAAAUGAUACAUGCAGUGAAGUAAAUAGAUCUGGAUCCUGUAUUCAACCGGAAGUCAACAACUGACAUCUAAACAGUCGGAGAAGAACGCGUGUUGAGUCAUGUCGACCUGCUACGAGGUGGCCUGUGGUUGAGCUGGCACAGCAUUUCUAUUCUACUCCGCACUGGGUGACACUUCCAGAGGUCACGUCUUUCACACAUACCUAGGAGUUGGCAGACCAGAGAAGACUUUUUCAUACGCAGGCUGUGGGAUCUUCACAAAUCGCCACGGGACCACGUUGAUUCUAUCUUAGUCUAGCUUCCCGAGUGUUUUUGGUUUACGAAGGGCCAAUUACGAAGUCAGUUUGGAGGAAUCUUGCGACAAGCUGUGAGUGAGGAAAGACAGUGGCAGCACGUGGACUCCCCUCCACACGUGACUACACAGUCUUUGAGAAGAUGCUUCGCGAUGGCACCCUGCGAGCUGACUUCCGGUUUCGAGGUUACCCUAACCAAAGCAUGCAAAGUCCUCGCCAGCCCAUCACGACGUCAAUAUUUGACGACAAACGCAGAAAUGAAGAGAACUUUAGGAGGGUUUUUGGCAAGCCAUCUGUGUUUGACCCAGCCCGGCCUACAGGUGGCGACGAUUUAAGGGGUUCCCAGCCCCUUGUCUCAUCACGUGAUCUCUUGAGCAUGAAUAGGUCGCCUGACUCCCAGCAGAUGAGACAGCUGCAGAACGAAGUGGAAGAAGACAUGAUGAAGUACAAGCAUGAGCAGAAAAUUCGGCACCAACAGCAAGAUGAAGGAAAAACGAGGGACCAUCAAGUCUCCACCACCCAGUUUCCUUGGGAUCGCUUUAACCGCGGUCACGGAGCCCCGAAGCCGGACAACGACACCAGACGACGGAAGUUCAUGGAAGAGGAUCUAACCUCCAGCCACAAUCAGUUAUCUAGGCCGACCAUGAAGCCGCCCAGUUAUCACCUGCCUAAAAGUCAUGAUCUGUUCAUCGACACGCUUGGCGGUCCAGGGGGCACAGUGGUGCGGCAGGACGGCUCGCCAAGUCUUCAGUCCCUGCCUGACCCGCGAUAUGGCGCCUACCGCUCUAAAGGUCAUGCAGGUCAGGCCGGGCAGGAACGACAAACAGGCAUAACAACAGAGGAGAAGAAGCUAGCCGAAUCUGAGGAAAAGCUUCGCCAGUUAAGGAGAGAACUGGAAAGUCUUAAGAGUCCCAGAGAUCAAUCGACCACCGCACGUGAAACUGCGUCGUGGAACGAAACGACGCGAGGGACCAUCGGCAGACCUUCACAUGAUCUUAGGAAUGAUAAACUGAAACGGCGUUCGUGGUCGCCUUCCGGACCGUCUUAUAGCUUUAGUAACGAAUUUCCUCGUUUGGAGCAGGAAAAACGUAGCCUCGACCUUGAUGCCACCAGGGGAGGGGCCGGCGCUCCGGUGAGGGACUACCACGGAAAACCCAUCACUCGUUUCCCGACUACCAUGAUCAGAGAUGACACGGGAGAGGCAAAGAUUCGUGAAGAGAUCCCUGGCAAGAUAUAUUCUUUGCCAGAUGACGACAACCCGAUUUACGAUCCGUUUGGCAAACCUGGAGGUGGCGCUCCAAUCAGAGAUCGAUGGGGAAACAGGGUCACAAACAUCUUUGGUAACUUUGAAGGAAAGACAAAGCUGGAGUCCACACAACAGAGGCAGACAGUCCGGAUGAAGGAAGUCAUGUUGCAAGAUUUGAAAUCUCUAAUGGAAGAGCAACACAGACAGAAAGAAGACGAAGAACGCCGAUUAAGACAGGCAGACACAGAACUGGCAGAGCUUGUGCGCCAGGGGCAAGUGGGUAACCCCAAGCGUGACCCGAUCACGGGAGCCUUAACCAAUCAGCAUCUGGGAUCCUCCGACGUUUCCAAAACAAAAAUGAACUACCAGCCGGUGGCCCCGUCGGAGAAGAAGCAGUACUACGAGACCCUUACUCAGGCAGCCGAGGAAAGAGAAAGGGCGAAACAACUAGAGAAACUGCGAGAGCGACAGGAAUCGAACCGGCACUUUGAAGUCUUUGAUCAUCAGUGGGGAGCCCAUGGUGGGGGCGCGCCGAAAGACCCUAAAAUCCGCAAGAAAGCCAAUCUUCAAAAUACUCUCCACUACAUGGAGAGACAGAGCCGCAACGAAGGUGAGCUAAGUACCCGAGACCAGUUUCAUUACGGGUAUAGAGAAGGCAGUCCUCAGGAGCUAAACGGUUCCAUGCGCAGGAAGUAUCCUGAAGAUGAUAUCCGACACGAAAUGGCAUCCAUUGUCACUCCCCGACACGUCAAAAGUCUCGUGAAGAGUACCAGCAACAACCUAUAUGAGUACCCCAUUGAUGGUAGUCCCAGGUCUCAUAAUCCAGCACUUCCGCCGUACGCCACCUCCACACAAGCUUACUGAGGUCAAGUCUUCUUCCUGAAAUCUUCCCUUCGGACACAAGCUCUCGUUCUUUUUUCCUCGAUGGAAUAAGCACGACGAUAAAUUCACUAAACUUAAAAUACUCUUAAUCUUUUCCUGAUUUUGACUCUAACCCAGUACUAGUUUACUGAGCAAACAAUUUAAUCUUUCUCAUCACCGAAGGGGUACUGAAAUGUAAUAACAGAUUCUGGCGAUUUACGGUUUUUUAUAAGGAUGUUGAUGUGCAGCUGUACAGAUUUGUAAUCCUGUUAACUUAAGUAGAAAAUAAGCCCAUUGCCCUUUCACCGUGUGUACUGAGUUUAUACUCCUUGCAUGCGGAUACCUACGCUGUGAUAAAGACUAUUGAAUGAUAGCUAUCUUUAUGGUUGAGAACGAAAUGCAACGCAUGUGAGUGUUCAGAAGAUGCUAAACAGGUUGGAUUGUGUUCAGGUGGUCAUCAGAUCAGACUGAAGCAUGACUUUCCCUCCUUGUAUGUUUUUGAAUAAAUUUGUGUUCCUGUCUUAAGUAAGUAAUCGGGAAAAUGCGUCUUUUCAUACCGCCGUAAAAAAAAAGAAAAAUUUUCGAUUCAAGUAUAUGAUCGUUUCACGCGCGUCCAUGGAGGUCGCUUACCAUCCUCUCCUUUCGUCUGGUCAUAAAAAUCGAAGGCUCCAUCUGCUGUUUCAAUGUUGAGAAGAACACCCUUACCAAAGUGAAGCCCAACGUCCCAGCAGAUUGGUGUUAUGAUGCUGACAGUAUAAAACAUCAUUUGAUAAUUGCGUUUAUGUAAAACUAUUUGUUGACCAGAAUUUUACUUAUAUAAAUAAUCACUAGAAGUUUAUAAAGUAACGAUAAAGUGUUACGCUAUCAAUUAGUUGCUAAUCAUACUUUGCUUCUUAGCCAACUGAUUUUUAUCUUUUAUCAGUAGUCAACAAAACGCUAGUACAAUCAUGAUAACAUUUUAAAGGUAGAAAUGUGAGUUAAAAGCAGGUUUUAUUAUCUCAAAAAUCGUAUAAUUCGAACUUUCGGAGGUUCUAAAUCAAAUGAUCUUAAUAUUUAAGGUGUUCAGUGUCAUCAGGGUUAUUACUUUGCAUGGUUUAAAAUUUUAAGUAUUUCUGUUGUACAGUAUACAGUAUACAUGUGAUCAUUUUGUGAUUGAAUCACAGCUGGAUUUCUACAGGUUCAAAAUUAUGUGAUGUAAGUGUUAAUACUGUGACUGACAUUAAGCGAUUGAUAGCAGUUUACGGCUCUAAAUCAGAUAAUAAUAGGAAGGUGAUGAUGCUACAGGAAAAACAUAAUGUUAAGUAAAAUUUAUUUUGGAAAUAUCAAAAAGGAAAAUUCAGCAUGAAGUGUCUAACGACUUGGUGAGAGGAAUUUGUGUUAUAAUGUUACUGUUAGAAUAUUGAAUAAAAAUAUUAAAUAUUGA